CCUUUGUACAAACGCUUCACUGCUCAACUCGGAUUUGUUUAUUGGUGACACAUUGGGAACAGCUGUUUGACCAGCUAGUAGCUAGCAACAAUUUUCUGUUCAACUUAACGUGAAUAUACUAUUAACCGUCCGUUAUAUUUCACAGGGCUGACUGAGCUGAAGACUGUCACCAUGGAGCCCGCCUGCCGUAAAGAUAAGCCGAAGCUGAACUCCACCCCGACCAGAGGAGACAGAGCCAAGCAGAAAUCUGCACAGCAAGAGCUCAAACAGCGGCAGAGAGCAGAGAUCUAUGCUUUGAACAAGGUGAUGACCGAGUUGGAGCAGCAGCAGUUUGAGGCCUUUUGUAAACAGAUGCAGUCACAAGGAGAGUGAGAGUUCUGCUUUCCUCUAUCAUGUGGACCUGGACCUGUCUUCCUCCGAAAACAGCACAUACACGCACACUAUCACCAACAUGAAACAAACCACACACUUACACACACAAACAGUAUAGUUGUGUAGAUUUGUGGUGCUGUCACACUUCCUGAGAAGACCUUAAAAAAUACACAGAAGGUCAUUGUUUUCUAAUAUUGAAUCAGACAAUCUUUGCUCCUGAUGAUUUACUGACCUUCAGAUUCUGUAACAUGCUUGAAUAUGCCAGAGAGUAUUUUUUUUAUAAGCUACACCGUUGUUACCUAAAAGCAUUGUGGGGGAAAUGUUUCUAAACAUUGAGAACGAGAAGCAGAGUUGCAUAUUUCCUACAAACACAUCAGGUCACUGACAUUUCCUUGAAUAUCAGCUUCGUGUUACAUUUAUGUAAUGGUUAAACUGAGCUUGCAUGCUCUGUGUACAGUACGGACAAAAUUCUAAUUUGUGUUGAGAUUUUGAAGAUGCCCAGGUCAAAAACAGAUACGAGCUGUAUAAACUCACUCACAGGCACUGGUGUAAACAGCUGAGCUGGUCAGAGACCUGCCAGUUAGAGGCACAUUUUUCUAACCAUCGGGAUAUGCCGCUUCUCACUGUAGAUGGAAAUAAAGCUGCAUUAAGUUAUUUUUGACCAUUAGCUGUCAGAAAGUGACAAAAUAAACUCAAAUCAACUAUUCUUCAUGUAAAAGUCUGUUCAUCACAUUGGCUAACAUCACUUACACUCGCAACAGAAAAGAACAUGGGCAUCCCAUUGGAGUCCUCAUUCUCACCCAUUUCCAUGGAUCCAAUAUUGGUUAAGAAACUCCUGAGAAAGGCUUGAUAGAUGUUCACCUCUCUGCAUCUGCAAUGUUAAUCUGGCGUUUUGCGCGGGGCAGGUAGCAUUCAGUCGACUUGUUUUAAGACUCUACACAAAGAAACUUCUAAUGUGCAAUUAGGCUUAAACAAGCAAGCUGACUGCUGCCUGCCCUGGUGUAGUUAUCUGAAGUCAGAAAUACAUUGUAAGCUCCUUGGAGAAACAUCCAGUGUGCUGCUGACUUCCAACUACAAAACAUCUAUUCAUGUCAAGACAAUUCAGUUUUUAUCAUUUACCACCAGAAGAGGUGAAAACCUUUGCCACUGAGGCUGCAGUGUGUGGUUGCAUUGCUAAGGUCACAUUUUUGUUGAUCUACAGUACUAGUCAAAAGUUUGGACACACUUUCAAGGGAAUGGGAAGGUGUGUUCAAACCCUUGGCUGGUUCUGUAAAUGAUGCAGUGCUAGUAACCUCAGCUACUAUUGCAAGACUACAAAUGACAGCCAGAGCCAUCAAUUCUAAGUUGGAACAACAGGACAAGAGUUUGUUUUCAGCGAGUCAUUCACAUUGCUUAAUGUAGCUAUAAAAUAGACAGUGCCCUUAACGUGCCAGUGCUAAUGGUGCUCCCUUUGAACACUGUGUCGUGAAUGACAAUGUAUGCAUUGUACACCAACUGGCCUGUACAUGAAUUAAUAUUGCAUUUUAUUGUCAUAGUCACUCUAAACAACUUCUUUGAUUUAAUGAAAAUAAAAGUGAUUUUUUUUAAUGUG